AUGACUUCGGAAGAGUCUGUUUUCACCGACAAGCUGGAACAGAUGCCUCUCACGCCUGCAACGCAAAGUGUUAAUGUUGCCGACGCCUACGACGCGCAGAGUCGUACCAACAACGCCGAGCGAGAAUUGUCGACUGCACGUACCAAGCUCACACGAGAGAUUCGCAAGAACCGUUACCUUCAACAACAAAACUACGAGUAUAUGGAAGCACUGGCACGAGCUGUGCAGGACUGCAGUGUGAUAAGGCACCACUUUGAUCUCGUGUCGAGUUCGCAUCUUGCUCUCUCGCAGGAAUGUCAGAAGGCAAAAGUGAUGGUGGAAACUUUGGAAGCUGUUAUUCGGAUGCUCUCUACACCUUCCCUUGAAAGGUCAGGCAGCUCGAAUGCAAUGGCAGGCGGAGAACAUCCUACAGUGGACAAAAAGGAAUGA